CACACUAAGCUAAGUGUUUUAUGUAAUAAGCGUUGUAAUUAGACGGCAUAAAUCAAACAAUAAAGUCAUUAUUGAUAAGUGGAUGACAUUUUAAAGUGAACUUGCAGUCAUUAGAUCCGUUAGCCAACACAGACGGAAGACAACCACCACCGCUCGCCAAAAGCUCAAUGUUCUUGAAAGUCCCCAUCAAAGUCAAAGAAGUCAACAAAGAACAAGAUGCGAAGAUACUGCCCAAAAGCAACUAACAAAUAUUGCUUGUAAGCCUCACACACAGAAAAAGAAGUUGGCCCGAUAUAAUUGCCAGAAAUGGGCCAGUUGGGAAAAAACUCGCCGGCGCGAGCGAGAUAAAAACACGCCGAGAAACCGGCUCGGACAAUCAGUUGGUUGUAGGCAGACGGAAGUGGUGGAUGUGGUCGUAGUAGCUACGGAUCUGUCAGCUUCACACCUCGCGUAAUUAGAACGCUAAAAGUCCCGUCUGGUCGUUAGUUUUUGCAUACAAUGGAGUACCUGGGCUACGUCUAUGAGAAAAUUUUCGGGGGCAAUCCACCCACCGACGACACGCAAGGGGCUUUCCACACACCGCGAAAAGUGAUUUGCUUCGGCAAUGUUCUGCUGGACCGUCUGGUGAAGCUGGAGGACCCGGAGCUCCUGGAACGUUAUGACCUGAAACUAGGCUCCAAGGGGGAGCUGGACAUGGAAAUACUCAAUCAACUGGCCCAAGAGGCUUCUGCCAGUUCUCAGUGCCUUACGAAUCCUGGUGGUUCUGCCCUCAACACAGCCCGCAUCCUCAAGCAGCUGGGCACAGAUGCGCUGUUCUUUGGAGCUGUAGGGGCGGACGAAUCUGCCGAGGAGCUGCGCCAGAUCCUGCGAGAGCGGGGCAUCGAAGCCUGCCUCCAGACCGUCGAGACCGCGCACACUGGCCAGUGUGUGGCUCUCAUGUACAAGGAUAACCCCACUCUGUAUGCCAAUAUUGGGGCCUCGGCGGAGUUUGCUCUGGAAACGCUCAGCCAUGCUGUAAGCCACGAUGGCCAGAGUUUCUUGCGACCAGUGGAACGUAAACAGAUCCUCUACGUGGAGGGCUUCUUUGUGCCUCAGAGGGGAGAUGUGUGCGAAUAUAUUGUGCAGCAACUGGUGAGGGAGCGACGGCGGCUGGCUCUCAAUCUGAGUGCCCCCUACAUAGUUCGAAAGAACUCCCAUGUCAUGCUGAAGUUGGCCCGCCUCGCCUUCUUUGUUUUCGGCAACCAGCAGGAGUUCGAGGCCCUGGCCGAGGCAACGGGCCACAAUAGUAUCGACAAACUAGCCGAGGAAUUGUUCAGCGGAGGCGGCACCAAGGUUCUGUUCAUCACAAAAGGAAGUGCCGGCGUCCAAGUGAUCACCAACUAUGUGACGGAGUUGGGAUCCCCUGGCCCGAUCACUUUCGAAGACUACAGGGCACCACGUGUGGAGCAUCUGGUGGACGCCACGGGAGCAGGCGAUGCCUUUGUGGCCGGGUUCCUGCACGCCUGGCUGGAGAAACGCUCGCUGGGCGAGUGCGUCCGCAUGGCCUCGGACGUGGCUGCAAAGGUCGUUACCCAGGUGGGCUGUAAUCUGCCCUAAUCCGCCUCAUCCGAAUCUCAAGUCGCGCACAAAAUAGCACCAAAGUAGACUACUUAGCUUGUAGAUAUUCGCAAUCUCCACAAACCCUGGGGGUUGCACCCGCCACUCAAAUGAAUCUUUGUUUCUUUUUUUCAGCAAUGAGCUUAGUCAAUAUUAUGAAUAAAUAAAAUUGUUUAUCUAUUCACGAAAA